AUGGCAGUGAGACAGGACCAGGAGAGAGCAGUCACCCAGCUGAGAGACACCGACAUGGAGAAGCCCAGCAAAUGCACCUUUCUACAGGGGAUCUUUUUACCACCUGCUUUCUAUAAUGUGGAGGCAAUCAAAAGGAUGCAGGAUGAAUUUGAAGUUCGGAACCAAGACGUCAUUAUAGUGACCUAUCCCAGGUCAGGAACCCACUGGAUGAUAGAUAUAAUCAGCCUGAUCUAUUCAAAAGGGGAUGCCACUUGGAUCAAAUCUGUCCCUUUCUGGAAACGUUCUCCCUGGAUAGAAAUUGAAUAUGGCAUGGAAAUGGUCAAGAAUAAGGCAGACCCACGACUCUUCACUUCCCAUCUCCCAAUCCAUCUCUUUCCUAAGACUUAUUUCACCAGCAAGGCCAAGGUGAUUUACCUUGCCAGGAAUCCAAAGGACAUCAUUGUAUCUUUGUACCAUUUACAAAAGCAGAUGCCAUUUUCCCAGUCAUGCUUAACUUUUGAGCAGGUCUUUGAGAAGUUCCAGCAGGGAAAUGUGCCCUUUGGAUCCUGGUUUGACCACAUCAAAGGAUGGCUGUCCAGGAAAGAUCCAGAAAGUUUUUUGCUCUUAACUUAUGAGGAACUUCAUCAGGAUCUCAAGGCCAGUGUGGAGCAGAUUUGCCAUUUCCUGGGCAAGGAGCUGAGAGAGAAAGAAAUCAGCUCUGUAAUGGAGAAUGCUGUCUUCCCGGUCGUGAAAAGACACAUUCUGGAAAACAAUGAACACAUGCCAACAGAAAAUAUGGAGCAUAUCAAAGUGCAAAUUAUGAGAAAAGGAAUCUGUGGAGAUUGGAAAAACCACUUCACAGUGGCCCAAGUGCAUGCAUUCAAUAAGCUGUACCAAGAGAAGAUGGAGGAGCUGGGCACAGACCUGUUCCCAUGGGAUCAAUGCUGAGCUGGACUGUGGCAUCUCUAGUCUUCUCUAAUUCACUCAUAUAUGAUCCACAGAUGGAGAUAAUUCUGCCUUCUCUUCCCUCUCUCUGUUCCUCUGCUUUCUGUUCUCUUGCCUUAUGAUAUACUGAGCCCAAAGCAGUGUUAGAGACUCUGGGCAUUCCUGGGUGUUCAUGCUUCUUCCCAGAGGAAAGCUUCCAGUGUGUAACCAGUACUGAUCUUGCUAACUCUCCCUUUGACAGACAAGCUUUGGGUUCUAUUGUGGAAUGGUCCCUUUAAUCCUGUGAUUUUCAGGAUUUUAAACAUCAAGGAAUGCUGAGUGUUGUAGACUUUUUCUUCCUAAUGAUAGAAGACUGAUUGUAAUCCUUUUUCAAUAAAGAAUGCCAAGAAAUUA